AUGGAUCGCCGUUUCCCAGCACCAUUCUCUCCAUUUUUCAAUCAUCACCGAUUCUUCGAUGAUGUUGACUUCGACCGUCACAUGAUCCGUCCAUAUUGGGCUGACCAAACGAUGCUCACUGGACAUCGUGUUGGAGAUGCCAUUGACGUCGUUGACAGUGACAAAGAAUACAAUGUUUCCGUCGAUGUUUCCCAAUUUGAGCCGGAAGAAUUGAAGGUCAAUAUUGUGGACAAUCAAUUGAUCAUUGAGGGAAAGCAUGCCGAGAAAACUGAUAAAUAUGGACAGGUUGAACGUCAUUUCAUCAGAAAGUACAAUCUUCCAACUGGAGUCCGUCCAGAGCAUAUCAAAUCUGAAUUGAGCAACAAUGGGGUUCUGACUGUGAAGUACGAGAAGAAUCAGGAACAACUUCCAAAAUCCAUUCCGAUCACAAUUGUGCCAAAGAGAAAUUAA